AUGGACCCUCAUUCUGAGAACCGAGGAAGUCUGAAUAGCCCUGGUCGGGCAAUGCGUCAUCCAUUGCAGGAUACCACAGCCACUACGAAUAAUUACUCCUCACCAACGCCCGCGCGUUACAUUUCGAAGCUACAGUCUUCAAGGAAUACAAGGCCAAAUCCUCGGUAUAACCAAGGGGACGAAAAUUCAUACUAUGGGAAUCCAGAAUCCGAAAGCGGCCCAUCGGAGGGAUACCACCUCAAUCGUCCUGCGGCCACUAAGGCCAAUGCAGCUACUUCAACCCCAAAGUCCCAACAGCCUCGAAAGCGCAAGGCACAAGUUGGGCCAUGGAUCCUUGGCCGCACUUUGGGAAAAGGCAGCACUGGAAGAGUUAGGCUUGCUAAGCACUGUGACACUGGCCAGCUUGUUGCUAUCAAAAUCGUCGGCAAGGGCAAUAAUGGAGGUAAUCUGGGCGCCCAUGGACAGGUCAACUCGUUGCCACAGGGGCUAGAGCGCGAGGUAAUCAUCAUGAAACUGAUUUCCCAUGAUAAUGUAAUGGGACUAUGGGAUGUCUGGGAAAAUCGUGGUGAACUUUACCUUGUUCUAGAAUACAUCGAGGGGGGCGAACUCUUUGAAUACCUGACCCGCCGUGGGCGCCUUCCCGAGGCGGAGGCGAUGAAGUUCUUUCGCCAGAUCCUUUCUGGUCUAGAUUACUGCCAACAUUUCAAUAUCUGCCAUCGUGAUCUUAAGCCAGAGAAUCUUCUCCUUGACGCGCAUGGGAACAUCAAGAUCGCGGACUUUGGAAUGGCUGCUUUACAGCCCCAGGGGUCUCUCUUAAAUACUCCAUGUGGGUCUCCACAUUAUGCGUCCCCUGAGAUCAUCUCCGGGAAAGAGUAUGAUGGAGUAAAAUCCGAUAUUUGGUCCUGUGGAAUUGUUUUGUUUGUUUUACUGGCUGGAUUUCUCCCAUUUGACGAUGAUAACAUUCGUGACCUGUUGAAUAAAGUCAUUCGUGGUCGAUUCACUAUGCCUCGGGAGUUUUCGAUCGAAGCGCAAGAUCUCAUCUGGCGUAUGUUGACUGUCGACCCAAAAGCACGUAUCGCAAUGGCGCAGAUUUGGAAGCACCCACUCGUUAGGAAACACGCGCCUAUCGACCCACGAACAGGCCUCGAGAUGGAUAGGGGCCCUAAGCCGCCGAGUCCACAGGAUAUUGGAAGACCCGUAAAAAACCGCAGAGACAUUGAUCGUGAGCUUCUGAAAAACCUAGGGACGUUGUGGCAAGGUGUUCGAGAGAGGGAUUUGGUUGAAAGGCUAUUAAACAACGUGUUCAAUCAGGAAAAGGUUUUCUAUUUUUUAUUGCUCGAGUACCGGAAACAGCACCUUGAGAAUUAUCCCGGAACCGAACAUGCCCCUGGAAAUUCUGACCUCAAUCAACAAUCGGGAUCUUCUCUUCAACCCACAAAGUCCAUCACCGGUCGUGCCCAGCGACACAGUUCUGGUAACGCUGCACGGUAUUGUCAAAAUGACACUGCUGAUACCGGCGAUUAUCGCCCACAUGCAAGAGGGAAAGGUCGCACAACCGAGUUUGGUGAUCGCAUCGAAGACAAUAAUCAUAACCCGAGUCCAACACAUCAUUCAUCCCACGAGCGAUAUGCCGAUAACGAGGAUUUAAAAUGCCAGAAAUCGGCCUCUCAUCCAAGGGUCAUUGCUUCUAGAUCAUCACUCAUCAACCCAAUGCGACAUGCUAGUAGAAGCAGUGGAAGAAGAGGCCAUCAUUCUAAAGCUUCCUUGGUGAGUUAUAUGAGCAGUAGCCCUUCGGCAUAUAGAUCUGCGAGACAUUCACAUAGCAAGCGACAUGUGAGCUUCAAUCAUCAUCGUUCAUGUAGCAAAGGAAGAUCGAGGUCAAAACUCGUCGUCGCUCGUGAUAACACCAACAAAGAGGUUUGGGUCGAUGAGGAGAGCCGUUUCGACCGAGAGGACACUCCAAAGUUCCGAGAGCCAUCUGCAGCGUUGCUACCGAAAUCUAGAGGAGAAUAUGCCACUGAAAGCUCUUCGUUAUCCGGUCCCAAAGUUCCCAAUGUUCGCAAUACUGGGGGCGUGAUAGCCUCAAGGGAGCGUAUGUCGUUUAUGAGGGAGAACGAGGAGGCCGAACGGAGGCGUAAAGUUAGCAAAGAACUAGAAGAGGCCUGCGAGAGAGCCUUUAAUAGCUCUGUCAUUGGAUCUUCAUUCACCAGUCUUGGGACUAUUAAGAGUCUCGGGGAUGUUACUGUCGAUCAUAUCAGCAAUGCUACUGGUGCCACCAAUUCCGACGAUAAUGCUCCAGGAACUGUUGGGCGUGCAACCGUAUCUACACAAACCGACUACUCUGGGAGUUUCUUUGGUACGACCAAACGGAAGUCACCAAACCUGCCUUCCGAGCUUUCAAGUGUAAAAUAUUAUGAUGGCGGGGGUGCCUUACAGACCCCCGAGGAUGACGGCGAUGUCCCAAAGAAGGGUUGUCUUGAUGCCGUCAUUGAACAUCUUGAUCGACUCAUGGAUUCAUCGGCGAAUAUGAACGGCGCUGAAAAGCUUCGUGCUGUGUCGCAGGGCGGUAAGCCGUUAAAUAUGGGGGGGCUCCCACUGAACUCGAGGGACCAUCCAAAUCUGAUGAAAAAGUAUUUGGAUCAAGAGGAGAUAGACCAUCAGAAGCAUCUUCUCACCCGCGCAAACAUACGAAAUGUGUCUGCACCUAAUCCUCAAAGAACUUCGCAUUUGAUAGGCCAUGAUAUUGAAUUUGCGUCCACAAGCAUGAAUGUAGCGCCACUUAAUAUCUGCCCUAGGAGCACCACUAGGAAGCCGCAGUCGGAAAUGCUAGAGAAUGAGAAAGCCGUCCGUAUCGUGGAUGAGGCACUCAAGCCUGAUAAUAUCAUAUCUGUACAGUUUGAGGGCCUUGCGCAAAAAGGUGACCCACAUUAUGGGUAUAAAAAUGCAAGCAGCGGCGACCGCAAUUCGAUAUCGAAAGAGGCGAGUUUGCCUGUCGACGGGACAAUUGACAAAGAUAUCAAGAAGAAACGAUCUUUCCUAGGUAUUUUUACGGGAAAGAAAACCGUCAAAGAUGUCAAGAAUAUGGUCAAACCCGGCGAUAAUUAUUCGGAAGUCACAGGCGCUACGAGCACCCAUGAGAAUCGUUCGAGUGGAGCCACAAACACAGAGAAGAUAACUUUUGGGAAGCGUUCAGGAAAUGCGCUGCGUCGUUUCGUUAGCCGUGAUGCAAAGAAGGAACAGGAGUUGGUCAAUGGAAUCACCGAAACAUUUAAUCCGAUGCUUGGCGAAGGAGAUAGUUUGGGCCGUUGCCCCUCUCCUUCAAUUGGCAGAAGCGAUGAAGAGCAUAACGAUGUUUCAGGGAAUCAGGACGAAUUUUCGAAAGUUAUGGGCCAACGUAGCUGGCUCUGGAGAAUUCUUAAGGUCAAGCCUGCGAAUCGUACUAUCCAGUUCAACAUCUCGGCCUUUCAGUGUCGUAAAGAAAUUCUCAAGCUCUACAAGGAUUGGCUGACGCAUGGGCUGGAGAUCGUGGAAGAUGAUCGCAGAGGUCUUAUCCUUAGGGCCAGAGUACUGAGCUCAAAUAGCCUUAACAUUAAGGAGGUAACUUUCGUUGGUGAAAUUCGAACUUACAGCGGUAGUAAAAAGACUGGAACAAGCGUUAUCCACUUCACUCAAGAGAAGGGGGCUGCAUCUUCCUUUAACCGUGUCAUGGAAGCAAUCAUCCUCGCCUGUGGUACGAGGGGCUUCCUCGUGGAGAACCUUCGCGAGUAG